AUGGGUGUUCCUCCUCGUGCAGACCGUCCUGAUCGUUUCUACAACUGGGCGUCUAGUCGAUCUCGUUAUGAAUACAAUGAAAACAAUCUCGAUGAAAAUGGUAUGGCCAAACGUGAUAUUGAAUUGGAAAAGGAAUUGUUUGAACAAGAUGCUGGUGAUCAACAAACUCCUUUGGACUUUUCCCGUUAUGAUAACAUUCCUGUUACUAUUGAACGUGCUGGAGAUCUAAAUAUUCAACUUUUCUCGGAUGCUGAUAUUCACCCUACCAUGAAGGAAAAUAUUAGCUUAGCUAAAUAUGUUCAACCUACUCCUGUUCAAGUAAGAUCUCUACCAAUUAUCACUUUAGGAAAGGAUUUGAUGGCUUGUGCCCAAACUGGUUCUGGCAAGACUGCUGCUUUCCUUAUUCCUACGUUAUCAGCUUUAUUCAAUAAACGUGAACUCGCUCAACCUCGUCCUCAACCUUAUGAAGCUCGUACUUUCAAGGCAGAACCUUUAGUUCUUAUUUUGGCUCCUACUCGUGAACUUUGUUCUCAAAUCUUUGAUGACUGUCGUCGUUGGUCUUACAGAAGUCAUCUUCGUCCUUGUGCUGUCUAUGGUGGUGCUGAUAGUCGAACUCAAUUAAAUCAAUUGGAACGUGGUUGUGAUAUUUUAGCUGCUGCUCCCGGUCGUCUUAUGGAUUUCAUUGAACGUCGCAAGGUUAGUUUGGAACGUGUCAAGUAUCUUAUUUUAGAUGAAGCAGAUCGUAUGUUGGAUAUGGGUUUCGAAUCUAUUAUUCGUACCAUUGUUCAAAAGCGAGGUUUAUCUCCUGAUCGUCAAACUCUCAUGUUUAGUGCUACCUUCCCUCGAAGCAUUCGAAAAUUGGCUCGUGAUUUCUUGCGUCCUGACUAUGUGUUCUUGAAGGUUGGUCGUGUGGGUGGUACCUCAAACUCUAUCACCCAAAACAUCCUAUAUGUGCAAGAAGAAGAAAAACGUGAAGCUCUCCGUGGUCUACUCAAUUCCCAACCUCCUAGCCGUACUUUGAUUUUCGUGGAAAGCAAGCGUGGUGCCGAUAGUUUGGAUCAAUUCUUGUAUGAACGAAGUUUCCCCUCUACCUCUAUUCAUGGUGAUCGUACUCAAAUGGAACGUGAAGAUGCAUUGUUGGCCUUCAAGUCUGGUCAAUGUCCUAUUUUGGUUGCUACUGCUGUUGCUGCUCGUGGUAUUGAUAUCAAGAAUGUCAUGCAUGUUAUCAAUUAUGAUUUACCCGAUUCUAUGGAUGAAUACAUUCAUCGUAUUGGUCGUACUGCUCGUACUGGUAAAUCUGGUUUGGCUACCUCUUUCUAUAAUGAACGUAGUGAACAAUUGGCUCCCGAAAUCACGAAAUUAUUGGUGGAAAACAAGCAAAAAAUCCCUGACUUUUUAGAACAAUAUGUUUCUCAAGAUAUUACUUGGGCUGAAGACUUGGAUGAAGAAGAUGUCCCUGUUCCUAGUUAUGCUGGUCAAGAAUGGAUUCCUCAAGAACGUACUGGACCUGGUGCUCCUGGUAGCUUUGCCUAUGCUGCUGGAGAUAACGGCGGUGCUGCAAAUGCUGCUUUCAAUGACAGUGGAUAUGGUAGUGGAGGUAUCGAACAACGCGAUGGCGACUGGAAUUGUGAAAGCUGCAAUCAAAGCAACUUCGCCAGACGAUACGAAUGCUUCAAGUGUGGUGCCAGUCGUCCUGAUAAUGGUGAACGUCGUGGUCCUCCCCCUCGUCGUGAUGGUGACUGGGAUUGUACAUCUUGCAAUGCUGUGAACUAUGCUCGUCGUACAGAUUGUUACAAGUGUCAUGCUGAAAAGGAUGGUGCUUCCGGAGGCAACAACUAUGGCUAUGAUCAACCUUCUUCCAUGGAUACUCCUAGCUGGAAUGCUGAACCUAGUUGGAGCAAUGAAUCUGCUACUCCUGCUACUUCUACUGGUGGAUGGGGUGCUGAAUCCACUGAACCUCAAGCUUCUACUGGUGGAUGGGGUGCUGAAUCUUCUGCUCCUGUUGCUACAGGUGGAUGGGGCGCUGAAUCUUCUGCUCCUGUUGCUUCUACUGAUGGAUGGGGUGCUGAAUCAACCGCUCCUGCUGUUUCUACAGGCGGAUGGGGUGCUGAACCUGCUGCUGCUGAACCUGCUGCAAAGGCUUCUACUGAUGGAUGGGGUGCUGAACCUGCUGCUGCUGCUCCUGCUGCUGCUUCUGCUCCUGCUCCUGCUGCAAAGGCUUCUACUGAUGGAUGGGGUGCUGAACCUGCUUCUGCUCCUGCUGCUCCUGCUGCUGCUGCUCCUGCUGCUCCUGCUGUUGCCGUUGCUGAACCUUCUACAGCUGAUGAUGGUUGGGGUGCUCCUCCUGCUGCCUCUAAUGGAACUUGGGCUGGUGCUGGAUGGUAG